AUGGUGUUCCUCUGGGCUCUGUGGCUGCUCUGCCUGGCUGCUCUGCACAGUCACCUGAGGUUUUCUUCAGCACAUGCCAUUGAGCAAAAGCAUCUCUUCUUAGACAAAGACGGCAAGCUGAAGGACCUGAAAAGUGUUGGAGUUGCAGAGUCUGCUCUGCCGGGAACCAACGGGCCUGUGCCAAAUGCAGAGCUGGCAGAGGGUACCUCUGACAACUUCCAGCAUAUUGAUGGACCCGCGUUACCUUUCACCGUCACCCCGCCAGGCACGAGGAAUGACUGGAACACAGAAGAUGAAGUCAGAGCUGGGGCUGUGAGCUGUCACGAACAGCAACCAUCUAGGGAAAUUGCCUCUUCUGAAGAGAAAGAAGAGGCUGAAGAUGAAAACUGUGAGAUGACUUGGAAGAAAAGCCGGAGGCUAGCAGAUGGCUUGAUGAGAUUCAGCAUCGAUCUCCUGAGAGAGGUCCAGCUGGAGUCCAACAGAACCAAUGUGAUCCUGUCACCCCUCAGCAUCGCCCUCGCCCUGUCUCACCUGGCACUGGGAGCAGCAAAUCAGACAGAGAAGCAUUUGCUGGAGGCAAUGCAUCUGGAGUCGGUGCCCUGUCUCCACCACCUGUUGGGUUCCCUUCGCAAAAAGCUCAGAGAAUCCACCCUCAGCCUUGCAUCCCGUCUGUACCUGCAGAAAGGAUUUGAGGUGAAAGAGAAGUUCCUAGAGGACUCAGGGAAAUUCUAUGGAGCAAAGCCCGUGACCCUUUCUGGGAGCAGUGAGGAUGACCUCAAAGCCAUAAACAAGUGGGUAAAGGAAGCAACUAAUGGGCAAAUACCCACCUUCCUACAGCAGCUCCCUGAAAACACAGUGAUGCUCUUGCUCAAUGCAAUCCAUCUCCACGCGAUUUGGAGGAAUAAGUUUAAUGCUAGCUUCACUGGGCCAGAUGUGUUCCACCUUGGCAACGGGUUUGUGGUGCCAGUUGAGAUGAUGAAAGCCCAGGAGUACUCCCUGAGCUGGUUUACACUGGAGUCCCAGGAUGUUCAGGUGGCCAAGUUUCCCUUUAAGAGUAACAUGAGUUUUGUGGCCGUCGUACCAAACCAGUAUCCUUGGAAUACUGCUCAUGUGUUGGAGGACUUCCCUUAUGAACAACUAUGCAGGCUUUUCCCCAGAGAGAUACCCACUGCAGUGAAGAUCCCCAGACUAAAACUGGACUACCAGCUGGAACUCAACAAGGUUCUCAGUCAAAUGGGCCUCCAGGAGCUGUUCACGAGACCAAAUCUCCAGAAGAUCACAGAUGAGCUUCUCUUCGUGUCCAGUAUACAGCAUCAGUCUACCCUGGAACUUAAAGAAGAUGGAGUGGAAGCAUCUGCUGCUACCAGCGUUGUGACUUCACGCUCGGUCUCUGUCUUCAGCCUUGACCGGCCCUUUGUCUUCCUUAUCUUUGAAGAUGAAACAGGCAUCCCACUUUUUAUAGGCAGUGUCCAGAACCCUAACCCCAACGCUGCUCCUCAGCUAGAACAACCAUGGGACUCACGUAAAGCAACAGACGUCAAUGAGGACCCCGUGCCCAAAUAA